ACGUAGAAGAAGUCUAGCAGCAUACACCGUACCAUGUAGGAUUUUGAAUGCAAUAUUUAUAUACUGCAGUGUACCCCCCAGCCCAAAAGGAUUGCUGAUACAAUGUUAUCACCGUGUGCUAUGCUGCUGCUGUUGCCUCGAGGGUUUUGUGUGGCCUGAUAUACACCUCUCUAAAGUCGAUAUUUAAUAUUGUACGCCGGUGCUAGAAAUCAUACCUACCCGACAACUAUUUUAGCAGUUUUGCACAGACAAGGACUUUGAGAUCUAACACAUCAUCAUGGUUGCGGGAGGCGAUGCCGGCGCCGCCGUGUACGAUGUGGCCCUCAAGCGGCGCCAGAACAUGAUGGGAGCGUCGGGCCCUAUGGCUCUGGUCAAGAACUUCAAGGUGUUCAGGAUCGCGCUGUUCGCCUGUAUCGGUGGCAUUCUCUACGGUUAUAAUCAGGGAAUGUUCUCGGGCGUGCUGGCGAUGCCCGCCUUCAAGGCCCACAUGGGCGAGUACGACCCCUUCGACGACGCAGCUGACCAGACGAAGAAGGGCUGGCUGACCGCCAUCCUCGAGCUCGGCGCCUGGGUCGGCACGCUGCUCUCCGGUUUCAUAGCCGAGGCCAUUUCCCGUAAAUACGCCGUGCUAGUAUCCGUGACCGUCUUCAUCAUCGGCGUAGUGAUCCAAGCGACCGCCCAGACCGGCGGGCACGACGUGAUCCUCGGCGGGCGCUUCGUAACCGGUAUGGGCGUCGGUGCCCUCGCCACCAUCGUGCCGAUCUACAACUCCGAGGUGGCGCCCCCGGAGAUCCGCGGCGCGCUCGUCGCGCUGCAGCAGCUCGCCAUCACGUUUGGCAUCAUGGUCAGCUUCUGGAUCGACUACGGCACCAACUACAUCGGCGGCGUGACGCUCGGGACCCAGACCGACGCCGCGUGGCUCGUGCCCACGUGCCUGCAGCUCUUCCCCGCCGCCGUCCUCUUCGUCGGCAUGAUCUUCAUGCCCUUCUCCCCGCGGUGGCUGGUGCACCACGACCGCGAGGACGAGGCGCGCAAGAUCCUCGCGAGCCUGCGCGGGCUCUCGCCCGACCACGAGCUGGUCGAGCUCGAGUUCCUCGAGAUAAAAGCGCAGUCGCGGUUCGAGAAGCGGACUGUCGCCGAGCUCUUCCCCAACCUGUCCGAGCAGACGGCGUGGAACACGUUCAAGCUGCAGUUCGUGGCGAUCAAGUCGCUGUUCCAGACCAAGGCCAUGUUCAAGCGCGUGAUCGUGGCGACGGUGACCAUGUUCUUCGACCAGUGGACGGGCAUCAACGCGAUCCUGUACUACAGCCCGACCAUCUUCAAGCAGCUCGGCAUGGACGACAACGUCACCAGCCUGCUCGCCACCGGCGUCGUGGGGAUCGUCAUGUUCCUCGCCACCAUCCCCGCCGUCCUGUACAUCGACCGCGUGGGCCGAAAGCCCAUCUUGAUCAUCGGCGCCCUCGGGAUGGCCACCUGCCACAUCAUCAUCGCCGUCAUCGUCGCCAAGAACGCCAGCCAGUGGGCCACGCAGCAGGCUGCCGGCUGGGCCGCCGUCGCCAUGGUUUGGCUCUUCGUCAUCCACUUCGGCUACUCCUGGGGCCCCUGCGCGUGGAUCAUCGUCGCCGAGAUUUGGCCCCUGAGCACUCGACCCUACGGGACUUCUCUCGGUGCUUCGAGCAACUGGAUGAACAACUUCAUCGUCGGCCAAGUCACGCCCACGAUGCUCAACAAGAUCGGCUACGGCACCUACAUCUUAUUCGGGCUGCUGACUUUCAUGGGCGCCGGGUUCGUCUGGUGGUUCGUCCCCGAGACCAAGCGGCUCACGCUAGAGGAAAUGGACGUAAUCUUCGGCUCCGAAGGCACUGCCCAAGCGGACUUCGAGCGCAUGGACGAGAUCAACAAAGAGAUCGGACUGACUGCCAUGCUGCAGGGACUCAGUGGUAACACUAGUAGCGCUCCGGAUGUAUUUGAGAAGAAAGAAGAAAAGUCUGAAGAUAACUAGGAGAUGUAAACUUGCUUUGGUGGGUUCAAAGAAAGGGGAGGCUACCUAGUUUUCCACCAGGUAACUACCGGUUAUAUGGCAACACAAGUAGGCACCUAUGCAAUCACUGUUACGUGGGGUCAUG